AUGUUCAGAAAUAACUACGAUGGCGAUUCGGUAACUUUCUCGCCAACCGGCAGACUUUUCCAGGUCGAAUAUGCUUUGGAGGCCAUCAAACAAGGUAGUGUGACGGUUGGCGUCAGGUCCAAGAAGCACGCCGUGCUGGUUGCCCUCAAGCGUAAUGCGGACGAGCUGUCCUCUUAUCAGAAGAAAAUCAUCAAGUGUGACGAACACUUGGGUCUGUCAUUGGCGGGUUUGGCUCCUGACGGACGUGUGUUGAGUAACUUUCUGAGGCAGCAAUGCAAUUACUCUAGCUUGGUUUACAACAGGAAGCUGUCACUGGACAAAGCGGGCUAUCUGCUCAGUGACAAGGCGCAGAAAAACACACAAUCCUACGGCGGAAGACCCUACGGUGUGGGGCUCCUGCUGGCAGGCUACGACAACAGUGGUCCUCAUCUGCUUGAGUUUCAGCCUUCGGGAAGUACUCUCGAACUCUACGGCUCUGCAAUUGGCGCUCGCUCGCAAGGUGCCAAGACCUACUUAGAAAGGACCUUAAACGAAUACUUAGAGAUUGAAGCUGCCGAUGAUUUGAUUGCUGUAGCCGUAGACGCCUUAAGGCAGUGCCUGAAAGAUGAAUCACUCACGACCAAGAACCUGUCAAUAGCAGUGGUGGGGGAAGAUAAACCAUUCACAGUUCUCGAUGACGAGGCUGUUGCGCCGUAUCUUUGA